CAAGAACGUCACCUUCCUACGUCAUCAUUGUGCGCCGUAGUCACUUCCAAGAUGGCGUCGGUGGACUUAAGAGCAGAUAACCUCUUGGGGAUAUCAUGGGUUGAUAGUGGGUGGGUACCCAUUCUCAACCCUGGUAAUGUCCUGGACUACUUUUCCGAAAGAAGCAACCCAUUCUACGACCGAACUUGCAAUAAUGAAGUUGUCAAAAUGCAGCGGCUCACCCUGGACCACUUGAAUCAGAUGGUGGGAGUUGAGUAUAUCCUACUGCACGUACAGGAGCCAAUCUUGUACAUCAUCCGCAAGCAGCAACGACAGUCGCCAACCCAAGUUAUACCCUUGGCUGAUUACUACAUCAUAGCUGGUGUGGUCUAUCAAGCACCAGACUUAGGAUCAGUCAUCAGCUCCAGAGUGCUAUCGGCUGUUCACGGCAUACAGUCAGCGUUUGAUGAAGCCAUGUCUUACUGCCGCUACCACCCAUCAAAGGGCUACUGGUGGAACUUCAAAGACCAGGAGGAGAAAGAGAAAUCCAAACCCAAGUCCAAGAAGAAGGAGGAGCCCAGUUCGUACUUCCAGAGGCAGCGAGUUGAUGCUUUACUGCUGGACCUUCGGAACAAAUUCCCCCCUACAUACUACCAGCCCAAACCAGGAGAGAAGCCUGUUCCGGUGGAGGUGAAGAAGGAAGCUGAUGUGCCUCCUGAAACGGUGAAACAAGAAGAGAGAGAGACGGCCAGCAAGACUCCAGCAGCGGCACCCCCAAGCAAGCCCCCACCUGAGAAACGAGCCAGACUGCAAUGAUCUCUCUCUCUCUCUCUCUCUCUCACUCACUCACUCACUCACUCUCUCACUCUCUCACUCUCUCACACACACACACAGGACUCCGAGAUCAUGAGUAUGGAGUUCUUAAAGACUGGAAAGGGAGUACCACACCUCAGGAAUGCCUGACAGCAUUUCAGAUUUUGAAAUAUUUAUAAUGUCAAGACUUUGUUUGUCUGCCUUUUAUAUUAUGGUAUGUUUUGUAACAAAAAAUUAUAUAAAAACACACAUGCAGGUAUAUAGUACAGGGAAUACAUUUUGUCAUGGUUGUCUUGGUCUAAUGGCUCUAUAUGUGAAAAUUACACCUUUUUUUCUCUCGAGUACUCCAUACCUGUCUUUGCUGAGGAGUCAAAAUUGAUGCUGAAGGUUAAGAUAUGUGUUGGUGUUUAUUGGGCAUAAUUUGGUUAAAACACUUCAUUCUACUUUGUAAAUUAAUACAGUUUUGUUUUGUAUUUUUUGUCUGUGUUUGACAACCUUUUGAUAUGUGAAUAAAUAGUUGAAACA